AGUUCAUCCUCAGACACCUGAGCUGUGGACACACUUCAACUGGACCUCAGUGAAAACACCACUCGAUUUAUCACUCCAUUGACCUUUAACAGCAGAUGAGACCUGGGACUCCAUGCACACACCAUGUUAACGUUACACAUGAACGGGGACAUGGCGGAGGACAGAGACGUGGACGGUCCUGACAAACUCAUCACUCAAUGCUGCACUGACCAGACGGCAGAAUCCCGAGACGCCCCAGAGAUGAUGAAGGAGGAGGAAGAGGCUUUUGAACGGGAAACUGAUGAUCUGAACUCGUCCUCGGGUCAGGAAUUGACACAGAGCCGCAUUGAGGGCAACAAUCAUCCCUUUUUUGAUGUGAUGGACGUUGCCAAGUCAAGCACAGAAGAGGAAACGGCAACAGAGCUGGAGGAUCUGCUGGACUCUCUGCGCUGUCUUCAUCUGUGUCUGACUGAUGCUGAGAGUCAGGAGGACCUUCAUCUGCUGGUGGAGCUCCUGCUUCAGACAGACUUCCAGCAGGCGUUCGCCAUGCACCGCAGCGUCGCUCUCGGCAUGAGACGCCUGUGCCCGCCGUACCCGCUCACCACACACGCUCAGCAGCUCAGAGACGAGACUGAUAACAGCGGCUCUCCCCGAUCGGGGCAGAUGAGGGUCGGGUCAAAGGUCAGGCGCUCCAUCUCGUCCCAGUUGCAGUACAGAUGGAGAAGCAGCAGGAAUGUGUUUGGCAUGGGGCCGCUGGACCUGUUCCCUGUCCUGGAGCCAUACUUCACGGUCUUAACUAAACCCUGA